AAGAGCCAUUGUACAUGUGGUUACUGUGCAUUGCAUGUUGAACAGUAUACCAGCAUUUUAAUAACAUUGCAGCAUUGACUUACAUCUUGUCUAUUCACAGUUUUGUCAACAAAAGUCAGCUUUUGUUGACAAGAGUGGAGGUGUACACACUGAAAUGCUCCUCCCACUGAUACAACUCCCCUUCUAUACUGACAUAAUAAAACCACCUCCACAAGUGACAUAGAGCUUUUUGCGAUGUAGUUAGUGAUGCAGCAUCAGUGUAGGCACCUCACUUGGUUAUGUUGCCCUAUUUGGCCUCCAGAAAGUGUCCCAUGAUACUUAUCAUGACUGCUCUGGUCAGCAGCUUGAACUCUACUGCCCUGAAGGUACACAGGUAUGCACCCUUCUCCCCUUUUAAAGCCCAGGAAUUUUUGAAAUUCCUCUUCCUUUUUGCUCACCAUGCACAGUUCACACAGCAUGUUCCCAGCUGAUCAUGCCAGCUUUACGCAGCAGACAUGGUCCUGCGUGGAGCACACCGGAGCUGUUGGAUCUGCUAAAUAUAUGGGGAGAGAAGGCUCUGCAGUUGCACCUUCGCACCAGCUGUAGGAAUUUUGAUACCGACGAGCUGAUUGCUAGUGGCAUGCAGGAGAAGCAGCAUGAAAGGAACAUGCUGCAGUGUCAUGCUAAAAUCGAGAGGUUGAGGCAGGUGUAUCAGAAGGCAAAGGAGGCCAACUGUUACUUUGAUGUGGUGCCAAAAACGUGCCAUCCUCGGCAGCGUCCCCACCUCCACCGCCAAGAGCUCCAUCCAUACUUCUGGGGGACUGGAGGCAGCGGACUCAACCCCAAUGAGGAAGUGCUGGAUGAGGAGGUGGAGCUGGAUGACUAUGUGGAGCACAUGGAAGGGUCGUCUGGUGAUGCAGCGAGUCAGGACCUCAUUUCCACUCCUGAGGGAUCUAGCCAGUCCCAGCACUCCAGCUCUGGCAUACAGGAUGCAGGAGAGGGGAGCUCCGAUGUGCCCUUGAGAACAUACUCUUCCACACCAGCAGAGCACCUCCAUCAGAUAAGGGGGGAACCCAUGAAGAGUAAGGAGGAUACGUUUUGCGAAGUAUUGCAGUCAACAGAUACAGCAUGUAGCGAAACAAGAGCGUGGAGGGCGACAAUUAAUGAAAGCCUGAGGCUGGAUAGCCAGGAAAAGACACGGGCAGGAGUGGAUGAUUAAAACUCCUGGAGGACCAGACAGAUGUUGACGUCUGUCAUUAGCCUGCAAUCGGAGCAAAUCUGUGCCUGACUCCCCUUUCAGCCACUACAGAACUCCAGUCCAUGCCCUCCCCAAACUCCUGAGCCACAUUCAUCGCGUGUUCUUGGUCCCUAACAGUACCGCAGGCACGCCAUGCCGGGGACUGGUUUGCCAAUGAAAACUGGAAUUGCACCCAGCUGUGAGAGCCCUAACCGUGAGACACUUCCUCGUUUUCAUAUCCCUUUUGUCCAAAGUUUGUUUUACCCCUUUAUUAAACUUGAGUCUUUGUUUGUGACAUACAUACAUCACUCAGUGCUAACAUUGAAACACAGUGACUACAGGUAGGAAUAUUAGCUCCUUGCAGUUAACCCACUCGUGAAGCAAGCAUUACAGGGCAUGGCAGGAAGCAGGGCCGUCCUUACCCAUAUGCAAACUACGCAGCUGCGUAGGGCACCAGGAAAUUUGGGGCACCAAAUUGCCCCAAAUUUCCUGGUGCCCUACUCAGCUGUGUGCUGCUCCAGCGGCCAGUCCGAUCCCCUGGUGGCUGAGCCGUAAGGUGGCUGAGUUGCUCCAGCGGCCAGUCCGAUCCCCUGGUGGCUGAGCUGCACGGAAGCGUAGCAGGAAGUGUAGCGACCCUGCCCCAACCCGCUCCGCCCCGCCCCCCAGCUCAUGCUGGGAGGUUGUUCCCCCCCAAGCCCACUCCUGCCCCCCACAGACCUUGGGCGCAACACCCCUCCCUCACCCCCACAUCCCUCCACGGAGGCCUGGGGCCAGCUCCCCCCACAGGGGGUCUGCUAGGGCACCACAAUGGCUAGGGAUAGCCCUGGCAGGAAGUAAACAUUGCCUGGCUGAAUGCAUCACAUACAGACACAUUACUGGGAAUCAUUGUCAAAAUGCUCCUUCAAAGUCUCCCAGUUCGAAUAGUGUCUCGCUGUGCCCCUCUAGUUGCCCUUGUGCCUGGCUGCUCAAAAUCAGCAGCCAACCAAUCAGCCUCAGUGGCCCACCCCUGGAGAAACUUUUCCCCCUUUGAUUCACAAAUAAUAUAGGGAGUACAGCAUGCUGCAGUGACCAUCAGAAUAUCUUCCUCACUGAGGUCUAACCGGCCAAAAAGAGAGCUGCCUUGCUGUUGUCUGGGUUCCCAGUGUAAGGCUUCAUGAGCCACGGGAGCAAGGGGUACGUGUGGUCUCCAAGGAUCGCUAUGGGCAUUUGCACAUCCCCCACUGGAAUCUUCUGGUCUGAAAAGAAAGUCCCAGUGUGCAGCUUUCUAUACAGUCCAGUGUUCCGAAAGAUGUGUGUGCAUUAUGCACCUUCCCUAACAACCCCACACUGAUGUCCACGAAACGUCCCUGGUGAUCCACCAGCAUCUGCAAGAGAAUGGAGACGUAGCCCUUUCGGUUGAUGUACUCUGUCACAAGAUGGUCAGGGGCCAAAAUUGGGAUAUGUGUUCCAGCUAUCGCCCCGCCUCAGUUAGGGAAUCCCAUAGCUUCAAAGCCAUCAGUUAUUUCCUGGACAUUACCGAGAGUCACAGUCCUUCAUAGCAAGAAGUGAUUAAUGGCCCUGCACACUUGCAUCACUGCAGCCCCCACGGUGGACUUUCCAAAUCCAAACUGAUUCAUAACUGACCAGUAACAUUUUGGAGUUGCCAGCUUCCACACAGCAAUCACCACUUGCUUUUUCUACAGUGAGGGCAGCUCUCAUUCUCGUGUCCUUGCACCACAGUGCUGGGGCGAGCUCUGCUCACAGUUGCGCAUCCGAAAGUUCUGGAGCUGCUGCUCAUCAACCCAUAUAUGCAUCACAAUGCAAUCUCACCAUUCAGUGCUUGUUUCCCGAGCCCAGGGCUGAUGGUCCACCAUGGCAAGGUGGUCCAUGAAUGAUAGCAGCAAUCUUUAAUUAUUUGUUUCCAUGGCAGACAGCAGGGCAGGCACUACCGAUUUAUUCUGUUUCGCAGCUCAUGAAAUACUGCAUGACCAGCCAUGUUGUGUUCAUAAUGCUCAUCACCAGAAUGGUCAGCAGCUCAGUGUUCAUGCUGCCAGGCAGAGAUGGCGGGCACACAGUUUACAAGGUCUGUUGAAAAACGGUGAGAAAUGAAGUAGUAAGCCCAUGGAAUGAUGGAAUGGAAAGAACUGCGUCACAGGACAGCAAGCACAUCCCCAAGAUGCACUGCAUCCAUUCCUAGAGCUCCCAGCAAUAGAGGUGACAAGUUGCACAGUGGGAUAGUUGCCAUGAUGCAGCGCUCUCUGUCGAUGCAAAAGCAAUAACUGUGGACAUGCUCAGCCAACACAAGGAUUGUUGUGUGGAUGUGCUCCACCGAUGUUGUUAAAGCGACUUACGAUCAUCAACAAAACUUAAGUCUACUUAACUCUGCAAUGUAGACGUGGCCUGAUUGAGGUGUAUCUGUACUUUUCAGCUGUACUUCAGUAUAACUAAAAGCUUUGCUUCACUCUCUGGUAGUUCAUUUCCACGUUGCUUCUCAUUUUAAAAGCUUUGCUUCCCCUACAAAAUACUUUUUGUUGACGUUGCUAAGCCACUGCCAGCUUUUGAGACAUUGAGAUUAGUUUUUAAAAUUAUUUCUCAAAAAAUAUUAGAGAACGGUAUAUCAAAGAGCUAUGAUAGUUUGUUCUGGAUAGAGGACAAAGAAUAAAUAACUGUCAGUGUCAA